AUGCUUCCCAUAAUUCGACGUUACUCUAGUCAAAUUGUUUAUGCUAAUAAGUCCACAAUUUUUGCUUCAAUUCAAGAUUUUGAACGAUUAAUUGGAAAAGAGAAUGUUUAUGAAAAAGAAUCGCUGCGGAAACAAUAUUCAUGUGAUCAGAGUGCACACAAACCUCGAAUCCCAGAACUUGUGAUCAGCCCCACUUCAGUAGAGCAAGUGGCAGCUUGUUUGAGAAUUUGUGACGAGAAGCGAAUCCCCGUCAUUCCAUGGGGAACAGGGACGGGAGUUGAGGGUGGAACUAUUUGCUUAACGCCAGCCAUCAUCAUUGAUCUCCGCAAAAUGGAUUCGAUCACGAGAGUUCAUCUCGAAGAUUUUGACUGUUCUGUUCAACCGGGAGUCACCAAAGAUACCCUGAACAAUCACCUGAAAAACUCUGGAUUAUGGUUUCCUGUAGAUCCCGGCGCUGAUGCAUCAUUGUGUGGAAUGGCAGCCACGGGAGCAAGUGGAACAAAUGCGGUUCGAUAUGGGACAAUGAAGCAGAAUGUUAUCGCAUUACAGAUUGUUUUGGCAAACGGACAAAUUGUGGAAACCCGUGGAAGAGGGAAUCGUCCUCCAAAAACCUCAGCUGGUCUCAAUCUCACCGAACUAUUUGUAGGGUCGGAAGGAGUGCUGGGAGUUAUCACAGAAACAACUCUCCGUCUCCAUGCCCGUCCCAAUUCCUAUUCAAUAGCUGUUUGUGCUUUUGAAAGCAUACAACAAGCCGUUGACUCUGUUGUUCAAGUCCGCCAAACGAGUAUUCCAAUUGCGAGAAUUGAAUUGCUUGACGAAGCACAAAUAGAUGCUUGCAAUCGGUACUCAAAAAUCGAUUUACCAAUCAAACCUCAUCUUUUCUUGGAAUUUCAUGGAAAUACUGAUGAGGAAGUGGAGAAACAAUCGAGGCUCGUUGGUGAGAUUUGCUCGUCGAACAACGCGUUGUCCUUUGAAUUCUCCACAAACCCUAGUGAACAAAAGAGGUUAUGGAAGGCAAGAAACGACGCUUUUUGGGCAGCUAAGGCAUUGAAAAUUGAUAGUAAAGCGUUAAGCACUGACGUUUGUGUUCCGAUUUCCAAGCUACCUGAAGUGAUUCUCGAGACGAGAAGAGAUCUUCAAGAGAAUCGACUUUUAGGACCAAUUGUUGGGCAUGUUGGAGACGGGAACUUUCAUGUGAUCAUUCCAUGUGACGAAAAAAACGCUGAGGAAAUGCAACGCGUUGAAGCAUUUUGUGAACGAUUGGCAAUGAGAGCCCUGAAAGCCGGCGGGACUUGUACGGGUGAACAUGGGAUUGGUAUCGGCAAAAAGAAGUUUUUGGUAGAAGAGGUUGGUGAACCAGCAAUCAAUGUGAUGAAAAGCAUUAAACUGGCGCUCGAUCCGAAUUGGAUAUUGAAUCCGGGAAAAGUUUUG